AGAGGCGCAGUUUAGCAGCCAAAGCAGUGCAAGGGACCAGUUCAGCUCCUGGAACAUUUUUUUAAUUUAUUUAUUUUUUUAAAGAAGGGAAGAAAAAAAAAAAACAUCGUAGCGAUCUCGCAGCUCCUCUGUCCGUCUUUAUUAUUAGCGCUUGGCUCCGCCCUCCUACCUGUAAAUCUCCCCCCGCUCUCCUCUCCUCUGGAGCGGAUCUGACAGGCUCGCUCAGCUGGCCGCUCCGUGCCAGGGCUGCAGGGGGACCGAAUGGAGGCAGCGACAUCCACCCGAGCGGCGCGCCAGUCCUCUCCUUAACGCAGAAUCGACAACCCAAACCGCCUGUUUGAAUAUGUAGUCUUCUGACCUGCGUUUAUUUUGUUUCCCCCCCACCUCCCUCAACCUUAAGGACUGAAUUACACGCAAAGCGUUUACAGCCAACUGAAGGAGAGUUCAAAUCGAUUCUUCAUCCGCUGAUCGGCAGGAUUCUUGAAUGGAAGACGGCUAGGGAAGGAGCACAGCCGGGAAAUUUGUUUUUUAUAUUGUUUUUUAUUUUUAUUUUUUAAUCCUCUGCUGUUUGUGUGUCUGCAUUAUCAGGAGAGAGAGAGAGAGAGAGAGAGAGGGAAAAAGAAGCAACAGCAGCCUCGGCGGCUGCAAACGACGCCGUAACUGUCACGGCAUAUGGCGUGAAAGAGGCAGAAAAGCCCCUCAGAAUGAGAAGCGCCUAAGAUUCGUCGUUAUUAUUGCGGAUUUAAAUGCCUCACUCCAAGGGGCCACCGAGGCGCUAUUUUGGUCUGCUUUGCGUGCGCGGCGGCUCACACUGUCAUUAAUAAUAAACAGUUCUCUGGCAUUAGAAACUAUAUAUUUAUGAAGAUAAUCUGGUGGGGCUGUCAAAAUCUAGUGCAAAAAUAAAAGGGGUUUGGGGGGGCGGGGGGAGGGCUGUAUAUAUAUAUAUAUAUUUCGUUCUUUCUGUUUUUUAAAGCAAUAUGGCUGGUGAGUGGGGCUGGGGACGCUGGCACAGGCUCUCCAAGGCUCCUCAAUGCUAGCCGAGGCACAUGGCACGGAUCCCCAUGGAAGCGACAGCUCUAUGAGGACAAGCAGCAUCGAUAAUAACAACAAUCCGGACUCUUCGAUCUUAAUAUCCAAGAUGGAAGGCGUUGUCAUCCCCUACACGUCUGAGGUGCCAUGCGACGACUAUGGACAGCGCAUGUGGUGGGCAUUCCUCGCCUCCUCCAUGGUGACGUUUUUCGGGGGUCUCUUCAUCAUCCUGCUAUGGAGGACCCUGAAGUAUCUGUGGACUGUCUGCUGCCACUGCAACAUAAAAAAUAAGGAGGCUCAGAAGGUGAAUAACCCUGCCAACAAUCCGACAGCAGACAAGACAACAAAAGGUCCUGAUGAGAAGGAGGAGGUAGCAGCCAGCGAGGUGGGAUGGAUGACUUCAGUCAAAGACUGGGCCGGUGUCAUGAUCUCCGCUCAGACACUCACAGGCAGGGUUCUGGUGGUGCUAGUCUUUGCUCUCAGCAUUGGAGCCCUCGGAAUAUACUUUAUAGACUCCUCAGAUCCUAUAGAAUCCUGCCAGAACUUCUACAAAGAUUUUACACUACAAAUCGAUAUGGCCUUCAACGUCUUCUUCCUCCUGUACUUUGGCUUGCGGUUUAUAGCAGCCAAUGACAAGCUGUGGUUCUGGCUGGAGGUCAACUCAGUGGUCGACUUCUUCACCGUUCCUCCUGUGUUCGUCUCUGUGUACCUAAACAGAAGCUGGCUUGGUUUAAGAUUUCUGAGAGCACUAAGACUGAUUCAGUUCUCAGAAAUAUUACAGUUCCUAAAUAUUUUGAAAACAAGCAAUUCCAUCAAGCUGGUGAACUUGUGUUCCAUCUUUAUAAGCACGUGGCUCACGGCGGCUGGAUUUAUACAUCUGGUGGAAAACUCAGGGGAUCCGUGGGAAAACUUUGAAAAUUCCCAGUCGCUGUCUUAUUGGGAAUGCGUCUACUUGCUGAUGGUGACGAUGUCCACAGUGGGUUACGGGGACGUCUAUGCAAAAACCACCCUGGGCCGCCUGUUCAUGGUCUUCUUCAUCCUUGGUGGUUUGGCCAUGUUUGCUCGCUACGUGCCAGAAAUUGCUGCUCUCAUCCUUAAUCGGAAGAAAUACGGAGGGAGUUAUAACUCAACACGAGGCAGAAAGCACAUUGUGGUCUGUGGUCAUAUUACCCUCGAAAGUGUCUCCAACUUCCUCAAAGACUUCCUACACAAGGACAGGGAUGAUGUCAAUGUAGAAAUUGUUUUUCUCCAUAAUAUUUCCCCUAAUCUUGAGCUGGAAGCCUUGUUCAAACGCCAUUUUACUCAAGUCGAGUUCUACCAGGGAUCGGUUCUCAACCCUCAUGAUUUGGCCCGAGUAAAGAUCGAGUCAGCGGAUGCCUGUCUGAUUUUGGCCAACAAGUAUUGUGCAGAUCCUGAUGCUGAAGACGCUUCUAACAUUAUGAGGGUCAUAUCCAUCAAGAACUAUCAUCCCAAGAUCAGAAUAAUAACACAGAUGCUACAGUAUCACAACAAGGCCCAUCUGCUGAACAUUCCCAGCUGGAACUGGAAGGAAGGUGAUGAUGCUAUAUGCCUGGCUGAGCUGAAGGCUGGUUUCAUUGCCCAGAGCUGUCUGGCCCAGGGCCUGUCGACCAUGCUGGCCAAUCUCUUCUCCAUGAGGUCCUUCAUUGAGAUUGAGGAGGACACAUGGCAGAAGUAUUACCUAGAAGGAGUGGCUAAUGAGAUGUACACAGAGUAUUUGUCCAGUGCCUUCGUAGGCCUCUCCUUCCCCACUGUGUGCGAGCUGUGCUAUGUGAAGUUGAAGCUGUUGCUUAUUGCCAUUGAAUUCAAGUCUGAGCAGAGAGAGAGCAGAAGCCGAAAGCGCAUCCUCAUCAAUCCAGGCAACCACGUCAAGUUGCAGGAGGGAACACUGGGAUUCUUUAUUGCUAGCGAUGCCAAAGAAGUAAAGCGAGCAUUUUUCUACUGCAAAGCUUGUCACGAUGACAUCACAGACCCCAAAAGGAUCAAAAAGUGUGGCUGCAAGCGACUGAUUUAUUCCAAGAUGUCCGUCUACAAACGAAUGAAACUGGCAUGUUGUUUUGAUUGCGGCCGUUCAGAGCGAGACUGCUCUUGCAUGUCAGGCAGUGUACAUAGUAACAUGGACACCCAUCAGAGGGCCUACCCACUUUCCUCUGUCUCUGUUCAUGAUUGCGCAACCACUUUACGUGCCUUCUCCUCAGCUAAAUAUAAGUAUAAUGGAUUUGUCAGAUCACCAGCAGAUGGCGCUACAACACCACGGAACAGUGGAAGCCAAAAAGAGGCUGGCGUUCGAUUCAAAGCUGAUUGCAAUCUAGUUGAGGAUGAGCAUCCGUCGACUCUCUCACCCAAAAAAAAGCAGCGCAAUGGGGGGAUGCGAAACUCGCCCAACUGCUCGCCCAAAAUGAUGAGUCGACAUGAUCCCCUCCUAAUUCCUGGAAAUGAACAAAUUGAAAACAUGGACAUGAACGUCAAGAGGUACGACUCGACGGGAAUGUUUCACUGGAGCCCUUCCAAAGAAAUCGAGAAAGUCAUCCUGACUCGAAGCGAAGCCUCCAUGACUGUGCUGAGCGGCCAUGUAGUGGUCUGUAUAUUUGGGGAUGUCACGUCCGCUUUGGUGGGGCUGCGAAACCUGGUGAUGCCUUUAAGAGCCAGCAAUUUUCACUACCAUGAACUAAAGCCUAUAGUUUUUGUGGGCUCGCUGGAUUACCUUCGGAGAGAGUGGGAGACUUUACACAACUUCCCCAAGGUCUCCAUCUUACCUGGUACACCAUUAAGUCGGGCAGAUUUAAGGGCUGUCAACAUCAACCUCUGUGACAUGUGCGUAAUACUGUCAGCCAAUCAGAACAAUAUCGAAGAUGCCUCUCUGCAGGAUAAGGAAUGCAUCUUGGCAUCACUCAACAUCAAGUCUAUGCAGUUUGAUGACAGCAUUGGGGUCUUACAGGCUAAUUCCCAAGGUUUCACGCCUCCUGGAAUGGACAGGUCAUCUCCAGACAGCAGUCCAGUACAUGGCUUUGUGCGUCAGGCUUCGGUAACCACCGGAUCCAACAUCCCCAUCAUCACAGAGCUAGCUAAACCUGGCAAACUACUGCCAUUGGUUUCUCUCAGUCAGGAAAAAAAAAGUGGAACCAGCAUACAAAUGAUAACAGAGCUGGUGAAUGACUCGAACGUUCAGUUCCUGGACCAAGACGAUGACGACGACCCGGACACGGAGCUGUACCUCACUCAGCCCUUCGCCUGCGGCACCGCCUUCGCUGUCAGUGUACUCGACUCCCUGAUGAGUGCGACAUACUUCAACGAUAACAUCCUCACACUAAUCCGGACACUAGUCACGGGAGGAGCCACGCCAGAGCUGGAGGGCCUGCUGGCUGAGGAGAACGCUCUCAGAGGAGGCUACAGCACGCCACAGACGCUGGCCAACAGAGACAGGUGUCGCGUCGCCCAGCUGGCCCUGUAUGAUGGCCCGUUUGCUGACUUAGGGGACGGUGGCUGCUACGGCGACUUGUUCUGUAAAGCCCUGAAAACGUACAACAUGCUGUGUUUUGGGAUCUACAGAUUAAGAGAUGCUCAUCUCGGCACACCAAGCCAGUGCACAAAACGAUAUGUGAUCACAAACCCACCGUACGAGUUUGAGCUGGUGCCCACCGACCUGAUCUUCUGCCUCAUGCAGUUUGACCACAACGCUGGCCAGUCGCGGACAAGCUUAUCCCACUCUUCCCACUCCUCCCAUUCCUCCAGCAAAAAGAGUUCCUCUGUGCACUCGGUGCCUCCCUCCAACCGGCAGAACCGCAGCAGUAAGAGCAGAGAGGCGAGGGAAAAACAGAAUGCAACAAGGAUGAAUAGAAUGGGCCAAGAAAAGAAAUGGUUUACAGAUGAACCGGAAAAUGCCUACCCAAGGAACAUUCAGAUCAAGCCCAUGAGCACUCACAUGGCCAACCAAGUCAACCAAUACAAAUCCACCAGUAGCCUGAUUCCACCAAUCAGAGAAGUUGAAGAUGAAUGCUGAACAGGGGCAUGAGUGUUUCUUUGCUUACUCGCCAGACAUCUGUGCGCUCUGUCUGAAGAGACGAACCGAGAUCACCAGAGGAGAUGUGACGAUAAUACCGACGGGGGUAUUGAAGACUGACAACACAUUUUUCUUCACUCUUUCUUCCAGUCAAGGGUUGGACAGAAACACGGACAAGAGGGGACCUCCCGUGUGUGUAUACCCUAAAUGUUAAUUCCAUACUUUGGACUCCGUUUAAUUUACAAAUGUAUCCAUAAAGAUGUACAUAAUGACAAUCAAAUAAGGACUGUACAGUCCCUUCCCUCUAGCACUUUUUUUGAAAUUAUUUUAAGAAUUGACAAGAGAAAACAAAAAAGUACUUCCUGUUAUUCUUUGCAAUAGUUCACUUCUUCACAAGACCAUGGAUUAAGGCGGUGGUGAGUUAUUGGAGAAUGAGGAUUUCAAGCGAUAAACUGACAAUAUCAUCUCCCAAAGAUCCAACCCAGAUGCGUCGCGUAAAAAAACAGCUGGGUUCAUCGUCAUCAUAUCUUCUGUCUGCUUCUGUUUUCUAUUUGCACUAAAACUAGAAAAAAGGCUUCUUUUGACAGAACAACUGGAAGCAUCACUCCCCCCACCGCCCCCCAGCAGUAAAUUGUCUCGGAGGAGAUUUGCAUAUGGAUGGAAUGAAGGAGGAGGAAAAGAAAGGGAAGGGGUGCUGGGCUUUGGAUGCAUACUAAUCUUGUUCUUCGGUUGUUAUCCAUCAUGUUGUUACUUAUGGUUUGCAGAUUUAUCUUGAAUCAUCACUUUGAGCAAGAGCAUUCCAGCCCUGCAGAACAUAAUCACCUUGCAAAGCAGAAAUCUAUUAACUCGGAGAAUGCUGCAAUGAAGGUUCAUGCUUCCUUGAAAGACAACUCUGUACCCAUGUGUUUUCUGCAGAUAUGUCAAAUACCGAGGCUGAGAUUCACAUUCAACCUCACAUGUGUGCCUAAUCCCAGUUUAUAGCACACAGUGGCGGUCCCUAUACAAAUGGUACCCUAGGCAAGCCCCUUCGUCUGGAUCCUCGGAGGAACAGAAGGAAAAUGGAACAGAAUAUUUCAGGAGUAUUCAGUGAAUUUCUGUCCAGUGUAGACAUUUACUGUUCAGCAAAUUCAGCCUAGGAAUUUUGGAUUUUCAACAAAUCCAGUCGAGAUCAAACAAAAAUGUUUAAUCUAACAUAAUCAGACAUUUAUAAAGUGUGUUUUAACUCUGUUUACGCUGCGGAAAAAAACUUGGUGGCAUUCUCCUGCCCUGCGCAGUGGGCCGUUGUCCACUUCAAAAACCGCCACCGAUAACACAAACACUAUAGUGUUUGCACUAUCCAUCAUCCAUUAAGUUUAGUGUGUAAAAGUGUGCAUCUCAGCCACUUGCUUCUCCUGUGUCAGUGUAAAGCAUCAGCCCUCACUGGAUUGUAUGCAUUGGUGCAGCCUGGAGGGAACUGCAUGUAUGAUCUUAGUACUAAAGUAAAGCUACUAACAAUGAUAAAAACUAGAGGAUUUGGAUCUACAACUAGUCAAGUUGCAUUAAAGUUAAAAUGAAAGAUCCCCAACUAUGGUUGGUCUAGCAAUGAACAGCAGCUGAUUGGCGUUCCUAAACAUAUCGCCGUAGCAUCUGCGGCAGACAAGGGAUCAAAAAGAACAGUGCUGCAUUUUUCUGAAUGUUUUUUUUUUCCUUGUUUCACCCUAAAGUUGGUCUCUGUAGCAGGAAAUGCCACAUAGCGCAUAAUAGUGGGCAUCAAUAGGCCCUUCUUUGAUCUGAGCCACUGCCUGGCACAGGGUUGGCACAGAGGCAGUUGAGAGCUUGGAUGUUCUCUGCAGCCAAUCCAGAUGUCACAUCCCUCAAAAGUUUCAGGAGUAGACCAGUUGCGCUCUGUCCUGUAAGACUCGACCAUAGUUGGCGGAAAUGCAACAAGUCCACAGACAGCAGUGAAGGACACCGGAGACGUGCUUGUGUCCUUAAUGCCGGCCUGCUUACGCCUGUAGAUCCAAAUCCAGCUGUUAUGGACCUUCUAGAAAUGUGGUGGUGGAUUUCUAUAUUUAAACUUUAUUUUAUACCAUAAACAUAACUGAUUUCUAUUUAUUUUUCUAACAAAUAAUCUAGAAGGAAUUGCUUUGGAAGAUGAAUAUUCAAAAUCUUCAACAUAUCAAUUGAGUUUAAAAAAAAUAAAAAGCGCUAUUUAUUUUCACAGUCUAUUUAAUUCUGUCGCCCGCUGCACUCUCUAACUAACAGACUGCAUCGCUCCGGAGCAGACAAAACUCACAGCUCGGCUCCACUGAGUGCAUGCAAAAAUGAACUUGAGCUCACCUUACGCAUAGCUCAGGUGCUUUGUGUCUAUGAAAUCAUGUGUAAGGGUAGGUGGAGGUGAACUAUGUUUUGGAGGGGAAGGAAAUUCAGCAACUGGAGUGAAGAGUCAAAGAAGAUGAAGUUGCUCCCACUGUGUCCAGGCCAGAACUAACUGACCUUCAAGAGACAUGUUUGACCUAAAUUAGGUCUCUAGUGUGGGGAAAGAAGAUGCGGAAAUUACAGCACAGUGUGCUAGUGUUUUCAUGAGAAAAUAAUUUAAUAAAAUAAAUAAAUAUGAUUGGGAGA